AUGUAUCAAAAAUGCGCUAAAAAUUAUGAUCAAUACAAUCAAAGCAAAACAGUAGAUCUAACAAUUAAAGAUUCUCUAGAAUCUUUAUCGUCCAUGGCAAAUACUUUUGAGUUAUCCAACUUGUGUAAAAGAGAUGUUGGUUUUAAUGAUGUUGAACGUGUUGCCAGGUUUAUGAGCAGCUAUCAUCCCGAUGAUAUUGGUGUAAUUGUAACUAACAAAAAUUAUUCAAAUAAUUCAUACGAUCAAGCUCCCAAAAUGAAUGUAAUUAUCUGCUUUACGCAAAAUCUAAUUAUUAAUAUCAUGGAAGAAGUUGAGCGUAAAAAGAAAAAAAUUGCCAAAAAUAAUGAUGAGCUGAAAGAAAUACAUGUUGAGGUUGAAGUUGAAGUAGAAGAUGAUUAA